AUGAGUGAAACUAUGCGAGCUAUCGGCAUCAAAGGCGGCAAAGGCCCCGCAUCGAGCCUCUUUGUCGACCAAAUCACCAAGCCCACCGCCGAAGAAGGCCAGGCCGUUGUCAAGGUUCGGGCCUUCGGAUUGAACCGUAUGGACCUACUGCAGCGCGAGGGCCAGUACCCGCUCCCGCCCCAGGCACCCCCGACAAUGGGCGUGGAGUUCUCCGGCGUGAUCGAGAGCUUUGGGCCGGACGGACACGAAGACUUCAAGGUCGGCGAUGAAGUCCUGGGUCUUGCCUACGGCGGCGCUUAUGCCGAAUACGUCGCCGUCUCGACGAAGAUGCUUGUACACAAGCCGAAGGAGCUGUCAUGGGAAGAGGCAGCCGGUGUGCCCGAGACCUGGAUCACAGCCUCGCAAGCCCUAUUCCUAAUCGGCGACUUCCAACCUGGCCAAUCUGUCCUCUGGCACGCGGGCGCCUCCUCAGUCUCGAUCUCAGGAAUUCAACUCGCCAAAGCCGCCGGCGCAAAAGCCAUCUACGCGACAGUGGGCUCGCAAGAGAAGAUUGACUUCCUAGAAAAAGAACUCGGCGUCACAAAAGCCUUCAACUACAGAACCCAAGACUGGGCCAGCGAGAUCCAAACCGCGACCGGCGGCGCCGGCGUCAACCUCACAGUCGACUUCAUCGGCGCCACCUAUUUCCAGGGCAACCUGGACGUGGCGGCGCGCGACGGACGCGUCGUGCUCCUCGGUCUAAUGGGCGGGGGCAAGUUACCUGAUGGUGUUAACAUCGCGCCGUUGCUGUACAAGCGGGUGCGGGUCGAGGGGAGCACACUGCGCAGUCGGGAUGUGGACUAUCAGCAAAAAUUGAGGGAUACUCUCGUUGAGCAUGCUUUGCCUAAGUUUGUCGACGGGACGUUCAAGGUGUUCGUUGAGAAGGUUUUCCCGUUCGAGAAGAUUGAGGAAGCGCAUAAGUUGCUGGAGAGUAACACUACUAAGGGAAAGAUUGUUUGCGUUUUUGAGUAA